UCUAUUUAAGAACUAUAGGACAAGAGAAACUAAAGCAAGCAGCAAGAGAGGGAUCUUUACUUAGCUACUAGAAUAUGGCAAUCCAACAGUCUCUCCUUGAUUCUCCCAAAACUUCUACUUCUCACUGCAAACCCCUCUAUCUAAUUCUAUGCUUAGCUGCUAUUCUUAGCUCCACUACACUUGUUGGCAUCCAAGUGAUGACCAAAAUUACCUCAUCAUCUUCUUAUCCUCCACCAACCCACAUAUGUGACCAUGCCCAUGAUCAGAAAUCAUGCUUAGCCAUGGUCACUGAAGUAGCAGGGGACAAAACCAAGCCAGUGAGUGAUGUUGAUCUGCUACAAGCCCUCCUAGAAAAAUCCACACCACACAUAGAAAAAGCCCUUGAGAUUGCCAAAGAUGCUUCUUCUGGGAUUAACAAUCCCAAAAAUCUAGCAGCUAUUGCUGAUUGUGUGGAGCUAAUGGAUGUGUCCAGAGACAGAGUUAUGCACUCUAUAAUAGCUCUCCAAAAUUUUACUCUGCAGAAUUCUCUUGAAGAUGCUCAUGCUUGGCUUAGUAGCAUACUCACUAACCAUGUCACAUGCUUGGAUGGUCUACAAGGACCAGCCAGGACCAUUAUGGAGCCAAGGCUCAAUGACUUGAUCUCGAGGUCAAGAGCCUCCCUAGCCAUCAUGGUUGCAAUUUCGAACCCAUCGAAACCGAAAGCAGAGAUCCAUGAGCCACUGAAUGGGGAGUUUCCAAGUUGGGUCACAAGCAGGGACAGAAGGCUUUUGCAGGAUUAUAAUUUGGCAAAGGAAGUUAAGGCCAAUAUUGUGGUGGCAAAGGAUGGGAGUGGAAACUACAAGACUCUGAAAGAAGCAGUGGCAGCUGCCCCAAACAAUAGCAAAACCAGGUACAUUAUUUAUGUGAAAAAGGGCACCUAUAAGGAAAAUGUUGAAGUUGGAAAGGACAAGAAGAAUUUGAUGAUUGUUGGAGAUGGCAUGGAUGACACUGUCAUCACUGGCAGCCUCAAUGUUGUUGAUGGAUCAACCACUUUCAAAUCUGCAACUCUAGCUGCCGUUGGUGAUGGGUUUAUAGCCCAGGACAUGUGGUUCCAAAACACAGCCGGGGCAGUAAAGCACCAAGCUGUUGCACUGCGUGUUGGGGCAGACCAGUCAGUGAUAAACCGGUGUCGUAUCGACGCUUACCAAGACACUCUCUAUACCCAUUCCAACAGGCAAUUCUACAGAGAUUCCUACAUAACAGGCACAGUGGACUUCAUAUUUGGAAACGCAGCUGUUGUGUUUCAAAACUGCAAACUUGUGGCCAGAAAGCCCAUGACUGGACAAAAUAACAUGGUCACUGCCCAAGGACGCAUAGACCCGAACCAAAACACUGGAACUUCUAUUCAAAAAUGCGACAUAAUUGCAAGCUCUGACUUGGAGCCUGUGAAAGGGACCAUCCGAUCCUACUUAGGUCGGCCAUGGAAGGAGUAUUCUAGGACUGUUGUGAUGCAGUCAAAGAUUGGUGACCACAUUGACCCAAGUGGGUGGUCUAUUUGGAGUGGGGAUUUUGCAUUGAAGACAUUGUACUAUGGAGAAUAUGCAAAUAGUGGAGCUGGUGCUGGGACCAGCAAGAGAGUCAAAUGGGCUGGUUACCAUGUCAUCACAAGCCCAACUGAGGCCCAAACUUUCACUGUUGCUCAGCUCAUCCAAGGAGGGUCAUGGUUAAAGUCUACAGGGGUUGCUUAUACAGAAGGGCUGUGAUCAUUUGGGGCCACUAUAACAUGACUUGGGCUUCUUCUCUCUGUUUGUGCCUUGUUUCAAUAAACGUAUUGCUGUGUGCUUCUCUCUGUUUUAAUUUAUUGAGGUGUCAACCAAUCAGUAUUGACUUUAAUCAUUUUAUAAUUAGUUGUCAACCAAUCAGAAAAUGUUGGGAAA